GGUGGCCACCAGGGGGCGGGCGGAGGCCGGAGCCGGGGCGGGCCGAGCGCGCGGGGCGGGGACGCGGCGACGCUGGCGCCCGCGGGUCCCGUGACCGUGCGCCCCGCCCGGAGCCGCCGCGGUCAUGCAGUCCCCGGCGGUGUUCGUCACCUCCAGGCGAGUGCAGAAUGUCCACACGGGCCUCGACUUGACCGUGCCCCAGCACCAGGAGGUGCGGGGCAAGAUGAUGUCAGGCCACGUGGAGUACCAGAUCCUGGUGGUUACCCGGCUGGCUGCGUUCAAGUCAGCUAAGCACAGGCCCGAGGAUGUCGUCCAGUUCUUGGUCUCCAAAAAGUACAGUGAGAUCGAGGAGUUCUACCAGAAACUGAGCAGUCGUUACUCCACGUCCAGCCUUCCCCCGCUCCCCAAGAAGGUCCUGUUCGUUGGGGAGUCCGACAUCCGGGAAAGAAGAGCCGUGUUCAAUGAGAUUCUGCGCUGUGUCUCGAAGGACGCCGAGUUGGCAGGAAGCCCAGAGCUGCUAGAAUUCUUAGGCACCAGAUCCCCAGGGGCUGCGGACCUCACCAGCAGAGAUGUCUCUGUCCUGGAUGCACACAGCCAGGCCCAGGAUGAUGGGGAGGCUUUUGACUUCUUCGAGCAACAGGACCGAGUGGAGGCUGAGGGUCUGCCCAUCCCAGGCCAGAAGGGCGAGGAUGCAAGAAACUCCUCCGAGGAGGAAGAGGAGGAGGCACUGGACCCUCUGGGCAUCAUGCGCUCUAAGAAGUCCAAGAAACGCCCUGAAGUGGCUGUGAAGCCUAAACCCUCACCCCGACUCACCAUUUUUGAUGAGGAGGUGGACCCUGAUGAGGGGCUCUUCGGCCCAAGCACGAAGCUCUCCCCGCAGCGCCCCGCAGAGGACCUGCCCCUCCAGGACCCCCUGAAGUUGUUUGAAGAUCCUGACCUCGGCGGUGCAGUCCCUCUGGGUGACCCCUUACUGCUGCCUGCCGCCAGUGAGAGUGGAGGGCCCAUGUCCCACGCGGAGCUGUUCAGCUCCCCGUGGUCCCUGGCGUCUCUUCACUGUCAUCUGUGUCCUCGGCCCUGACCGCCCCGGCAGGCUGGGAGAAGCUGGGGCGGUGCUGUCUUGAGAGGAGAGACUGAGGCACGGGGAAGCAGACUCAGCCGUGAGGAGGGCGGCAGGGCCCCUCUGAGUGCGCCCUGCCCGGGGAGGCUCCGCCAUCUCCAGGACUCCAUGCGUCCCAGGGAGGCCAUUCCCCAGGGACUGCGCUGGCACAGUUCCUUCUGAGUCUGACACCAGCGCCUCCCGACCCGCGUUCUGCAGAACUCCGGUGUCGCCUUCAAGGGGGUUCUGUGGCCGGAUGGCUGGGGCAAUACCAGUGUUCAGCAGGACUCUGAGGGCAUGAGUGGGAAGCAGCGUGGGGUACUGCACGUUCCCGUUGGUCUCGGGGACCCUCUCCCUUUGGCGUGCCUCUUGGCAUCCCCCAGAGCCCUCUGGGGGUUACUGGAGAACGGGUGUCCGUGGCCCUGCCUUCACUCUGCCACACAGCUGGUGAUAAAGAAUUCGCGUUCGGAGAGCGGGAGCCGGGUUCUAUUCGCCUUUGUGCUGGCCCUGUGACUCUCCGGGCAGCGAUCGGGGUUCCUUGUGAUAAAAAAGCUUCCUGAUGCUCAUUCAUUCACCGAUGCUGUCACGCGUCUGUUCAUGCCAUCGUGGCCAUCAGUGAGCCUGAAGCCCCCCAGAGCACUGUGCCCAGCAGGUGCUGGAGUCUGACAAUCCUCAGCUCCCUCUUGCUGAGCAGCCAGGCCAGUGGGUGGCCUGUCCCCUGCAGGGGCCUGGGGAGGGGGAGUGGGGCUGGGGUCUUUGGAGCUCCCCACAGCCUCUCCUUGGGAGCCGGACCUUGCGUUAGUGGGACCCAAUUCCAGCCGUGACUCAGGGUGCCUGGGUACAAAUAGAGCACGUGGGAAGGGGUGACCCGCCACCACCUAUACCCCGAGUGUGACUGCCCCCCACCACCACCUCAGCAGCUUCUGGUGAGUUCCCAGCAGUGUUUGCCCCAGCUGUAUAAAUCCUGGACGCUGACAUGGGCUGUUAGCUGCUGGUCUGUUUCCCUACGGGCCCCUGCGUGCAGAUAAUUCAGUGCCCCCCAAGCUUUCCCUGGGCUCCAGCUCCAGUGGAGGAUGCAGGAGGAGCCAGCACCUGCCGUGGGGAGCUCAGGGAAGAGCUGCUGCUUGGGGGUGCUGGUCAGGAGCAGCCCAUGCUGGGUUACACUUGGGGGGAUUGCCGCAAGCCCAAGACAGCUACCUCUCUUCGGAGGCCUGGCUUGGGCCGGGCCCUCUCGGUCUGGACUGGAAGGACAUCUCUGCCAUCCGCAGAGGCUCUGACUUCUGCUUUUGGGGUCUCUGCCCCGCCGCAGGCGGUGACCCGGAGCUCCUCUGGCAGCUGGUACUUGGCAGGCAGGGUGGUGCUGGGCACGCCACGCCCAAACAGGCCUCUUCCUAGGCCGGCCCAUGUCUGAGCUGGAUCCCAUUGACAGAUGGGGAGACUGAGGACCAGGAAAGGAGCGUGAUGAAGCGGACCCAAGGCCGCUGGUGAAAGCGUAGCGGGAGAGAAACGGAGCUGCACUCUGGGCUCGGUGCUGUGCUUCCGGGCCCACGGCGGCUCUGCAGCCCUUGCUGGGUGAUGCCGCCGUUACCGUCUCGCGGUUGGGGACACUGGGGUCUUCUGCCUCCGGCACCUGAACCCUCCUCCCCUGUCCCCAUGCAGCCUACCGAGAUGCCCUUAGACACCUUGCCCAGGUGUGGGCAGCACUUGUGUGGAUGUCUCUGCUGGUCGCUGGUUUAGGAAGCACGUGAAGGGCCAGGAAUCCUCUUUUAAGAAUUCAAAAAUUGGCCCUAGGAUCUCAAAGGGAAUUUUCCGUGUGACUCUGUGAAAGCCCCUAUGAUAGUGUUACCAGACUCCCCCCUGCCCCCAUCCCUGGGUCUCCUUCUGUCUCCUGGUUCCAGACCAAAUGGAGUUCUUCCGCCAGGAACUGGCAGGAGGGGCUCCUCAGGCAAAGAGGGCAGAGCUGGGCUGUGGUCUGCUUUGCUCAACCGCCGUCCGGUACCUGGGGCGGGUCCUGUGUGACCGUCCCCCUGCUGUGGGCUUUAGUCCCACCGCACGGUGGGCUCUCAGGUCCGGGACCAUGGCUCCGCUCUUGGCGGGCUCUGUCUAGCACCCGGGUGGCCCACAGUGGGCACCGUGGAUGGGCAGCCCCACCCCACCAUGGUCAGAUCCCCUCAUUUAGUCUUUCUCGGGCUGAACUUGGUCCAGAUGAGGGCUCAGCUUCUGAAGUCAGACGCCCUAGUCCUGACUCAGGCAGCCUCACACGCGGUCAUCUCGCGGGCAGCUCGGCCUGGGGCUUGAGCCUGCACGUCUGCAGGGUGGACAGCAGCUGUACCCCCAAAGGGUUUGGGGAUAAAACAAGAUACUGUGUCUGGGCUGCUUGGCACGGAGCGGGAGCUCUGCAUCCAGCAGCUGUUACUCUUACUUCUUGAGAGGUUGAAGGACAAGUCCCCUAAAGGGCCAUCGUCUAGAGGGGGACCACGUGAAAAGCAGAGCCCUCCAGAGGCUGCCGAGGGGCCGGUUCUGCUCCCCCUGUGCUGUGGGGCUGUGGGGCAGGCAAAGCCUGUCCCCCAGUUCCUCCCUGGGGGCAGGCUGGCAGAAAGGAGAGGUUGGGGCACGGCCUGUCGUGCUCCCCAGAGUGGGGUGCCGUUGCCUCGGGGCCUUGCUCCCUUUGCGGGGCGGUCAUAUUCAGAGCU